AUGUCCAUCGCUGGUACGCGCGAUAAGGUUAGCGCGGGUGAAUCGUCUCUCUCCACCAGAUGCUGUACUUCGUACAACGCCUGCAGAACUGGGUACCGACAGAGUGGCACCUCGCAAAUGAAUAUCAUUCUGCCCUGUCGAAAGCCUCAGCAAGCGAGUGCCGAGACCAGCUUGCGUCUAGUACAAUUGGGGUAUGGGAAUCGACGGGCAGAGCCAAUCCUGCACGCUAACCACAACUAG